GCAAACACAAUAUUGAGACUAUUUCGCAAGAAAGCUAUCAUUCCGACAUUCGCGUUCGCCUCAGCCUUCCCCGCGUUACCAUUUUGGACUCCCUGUAGAACGUGACCCGCACGCUCUCACGACCGCACUUCUACACGCGAGCGCUGUAAGGUCGAUACAAGGGCCAUAGGGUAGCUUAUAUUGGCAUUCGAUAGAGUCGGCAGGGCUGAUGCGCUAGUGCCGUCCCAUAAUGGCUGCGGACCCUGGUGUGAGCGGCGGCGAGGCCGCUGCCUAUCAUCUGUUUCUCACCCGUAUACCGCCCCGAGUGCCCAAGGAGGAGGUCGAGGCAGCGCUGUCCAAGGAGCUCGCUUCUCGCGGUGUGAUGGCCCAGGCAGUUUCCGUGGUACCCCAGAGCGCCUGGAAAACCAAGGGCUAUGGCUUCAUUACGCUCUCCGGAAAGCCUAGUAUCGAGGAGGUCCAGCGGGUUGCAGAGAAACUCGACAACGAACUCCGCGUCGGGGGCAAAGCCAUAAAUGUCCGCGUCUGCGAGCCCUCGUCGACGGGCGCGCCCCAACCAGUGCAGCCCACGGAGCCGCCAGUCAGUUGGGACCAGCCUGUUGAGCGCAUUUCGCGGCUCUGCGCUCAGGUGCUGCACUGCUACUUCGCCCGUCGGUCACACCAGCCCGAGUUCAAAGCAGAGAAGCUGCUCGCGCUGCUCAGCAUGACCGUCGCGCCUUCGCGCGGGCAGGAGCCAAAGCCACUCGCUUUGUGGGCAAAGGAGGUCUUUGGCAGCAUGGAGCAGAUGCUUUUAGCCAUCGGCGACGCGCAUUUCGGCGCAUCUACUUGGUCGCUGACCGGCGCUGUCGCGGAGCGCAGCGCCAAGCUCGCAGUGGGGAAGGCUCGCAAUAUGCAGGGCUGGGAUCCGCUACGGGACCCGCUACCCAUCGCAACGCUGCUGCGGCUCGCGGCGUGCCGGCAGCGGCUUGACGAGUCGCACACCCCGCAGUCGCAGCGCUCGGGCUUCUCCACGCCAACCUGCUGCACAGCGCAGGACUCUUGUCGACGCUCCAGCGACUGCGGCAGCCUCAGCGCGGUGCACAGCAGCGAGCAGCCCAGCUGCAGCCAGUCGGAGGCGUCCUGGUCGCUACGGUCUGGCUGCAACGGGGCACAGACCGGCAGCGCGGUCUGCUCGCCGCCGCUGGACGCCAUGACAAGCAGCGGCUCGGAAGAGCAGCCGCUGUCGACCGCGUCGCCGGCGUCGGUGGCAUCCUACGACUCGUUGCGGGCCAACAGCGGCUCGGGGUCGCUGGUGGGGUUGGUGGAGUCGGCGCCGGUGGGGAGUAGCGACAGCGGCCAGGGUGCUGGGACAGGCCAGUCGACCCCGGAGGCGGCGGUGCAGGAACAGCAACAGGAGGGACGGUUCAAGCCAGCAUCGUCGUCGCCAAAGAUGACGGUGGCCGGGGCCAGCGACGGCGCAGCUUCGCCAGCGGGAGGGAGAGCGGCGAGCGGGGCUGGCGGCAGUGCUUGCAUGGAUAUGGAGGGUGCCUCGGCAGCAGCAGCAGCAGCGGCGGCAUCUGCGGCUGCGACGGCGGCCCUGCAGCGGCGUCUUGGGAAGGGUGCCGGGCGAGCCUCGUGUUCGGCGCUUCAUUUGUCCACAUCCGCGUCAUCACCGACUGCGCCGCCUCUGCCGGCUGCGUCACAUUCUGCUCGUGGCUCCUUGAGCAACGCGCUGUGGAUGCCUCGGCCGCCCCUCUCGGCAAGCGCUACCUCCUCAUCUUUGAAUCCUCACGUCUCAACGCCGUCGGCGCUUCCUGCGAUGCCCGCCGUGCCGCCGUCCGCGCGAGACCUGCUGCACCGCUGCGCUACGCACCUUCAGCUGCUGUUCCAGUGGCACCCGGCGCAGCUGUCGUUCGCGGUGCCCUACCUGGCCGAGUACCUGUCCGCCGCGCCCGACGUGGUGGCCUGGGGCUCCGGCUCGCCGUACUUCUCGCUCCAGGGCUACGCGGCGGCCGUGUACGGCAGCUUUGAGGGCCUGCUGCUGGAGGUGUCGCGCGUCUUCUUCGGCGGCUGCUGGCGGCUUGAGGGCGGCCAGGCCCCCGGCGAGCCCCGCGUGCUCUGCGUGCCGCGCUGCGCGCACAACGUCAUGCUGCGCAGCCACGGCAGCCACGGCCACGCGCACCACGGCCACCAGCUCCCCAGCCACGGCUCGGGCUCGGGCGCGGGCAGCAGCCACUACGGCAGCCGCCGGCCGAGCACCGCCAACAGCUGCGCCAGCUCGGUGUCGGGCGGCCAACACGGUCACUAUCACUCGCACCACCAGCACCGGCAUUACCAGCACAACCACGGCAAAGCGCACGGCCACGGGCAUCUGGGCCUCCACUCGUCACUCACCUCGUACUCCUCGGCUAAGCAGCUGAGCCGGAUGAGCGGCGGCCCCAGCGCCGCGGGCUCGGGCGGCAGCACCGGCGACGGCAGCGCGCCGCAGCCUGUGUGCGCCGUGCCGGCGUCCGCGCAGCGCACGCUCACCAGCAGCCGCAGCGCCAUCAACCUGCGGUAGCUAGCAGCUGGGGCCCGCGGGCUGUGUGCCGCCGGCAGCCAGACAGCCAGCCAGCAGCGCGCGCACGCACUCGGACGCCUGCCGAGCCAAGUUGGCCAGGGCGGGUGGCCGAGAGCGACAGCGUGCAGUUGUGCUGGGUGUCAUUCUGCCGGACUGACUGCCUGGCUGUUGCAAGUGGCUUGUGGUAGAACCGGCCGCGGAGCCAUCGUAAGCAAGGUUGUUACUUGACGUGACCUGCGUGGACGUUUGUGGGCGUGCUCCUUGCGCGACCCAGUAUUACACAACACACUUCGUGAGGCGGCAGGGCGGGGCGGCGAGCGAGCGAGGCCGCGAGCGAGACCGCGCUCGCGAUGAUUGUAGGUAGUGGUGCGAACGGCUGUGGGCUGUUCUGAUGCGUCAGUUAGAAUGCCAACGAACGGUCACAUGGCAAAGGGCGGUUGGGUUGGUGGCGGUUGCCUGCAGACCAAGCUGUUGCCGCGCCAGUGAGACCAGUGGACGCGCCUGUGCCUGGCGACAAACCGUGUGUCUGGAAGCCACAGCGCGUCGAAGGGCACGAAAGGCACGCGCGCGACACGGUGGGUUUGCGUGGCAAGAGCGGCAAAGGACGGUGGCGGGGGUGCUAUGCUAUUGGUGUGCGUGAGUGUGUGUGACGCAUGAGGUUCGGUGAUCUGCGCUUACGCGUGCCGUAUCGGUGCAGCGCAGCCUGGAUCAGGUAUGGCCGCAGGCAGGCGUCGGCAUGCAAGCGCCAAGGCGUGCGCAUAUGGCGAGGUAGGCACACGAGUCGUCAUGGAUUCAAGUGCUCAGGCGUGCGGAUUCGGUUGCGUCGCGUGUGUGCGCAUGCGUGGUCGGGCUUUAGGCUUGUGCCAGUGCACGGCCUCUCAAGUGAUCCGCAGAUGAGGAUACUGGUGUUGGAUAGUGCGGGGGCAAACGAGAUACAGUACAAGCCGUGUUUGUGUGCCUCUUGAUUGCGGUAUUCUUGGUGCGAAAGCCUUCUGUGUUUGCUAGGCAUGUGUGGGGCCUGCACUGUUGCUUCUCCACAGAUCAAAUCGGGAGCUGCAGUGUGGGGCCACCUCGCGUGUUUCUAGGAAACGUCAUCAUGGUUUGGCUGGUGUGAGAUAAACAAUAAGCUGAGGCCUUGCGCGAGCUGGACACAAGCACCAAGCACAGGUCAUGCCGGAGUGGAGGAAGGGGCUAGUGCGCGCUACUAAACUGGUGGUUGUUGCACAUGAGAUUAGCGCAGUGGCGGAGAUAAUUCGAGCUGGGGCCCCGCACCUGCAGGCACGAUGGCGCCUCGUUGUCAUGUCGCUUCCUCGGGUGUCCUCGCGCCGGCGGCGGUGAACGGUACACCCAUGCAUCAUCGUCAUAAGCGGCUGCAUCAAUCAACACCGCGCUUAGUGGAGGGAGCCGGCGUGCCUGUCGGCUUCAUUAGUAUAUUCCAGGAACCGCCGGCCUGUGUGGUGCUUUGUCCCGCUAUCCAAAGCAACGGUGCAAGCUCGCUAAGUCGCCACGGCACUAAAUGGCUGUAUGUACAUGUGGGGUGGGUGUGGGUCGUGUUGGCGGCGCAAUGCCCAACAGCGUCGGAGGGGGGAGGGCCCUGCACUGUCAGGAUUAUAGGAGUAGCGCAGUGAGUUGACAGUGCACACAUAGUAGGGGGCUUGGCAGAAGGGCAGCUCAUGAGAGCCUCUCGCCGCAUGUGGUUGGUGGACAGUGACGAGGUAGCAGAUGUUUAGCUAUCAGUAUACAUGUGCGCGCGAACCCCACUGUGAUGAGUUGCAAGGAGACUGGGGCAAGGCAUUUCCUGGGUCCGGUGUGGGGAGGGGCUGGCUGGGCCGCAUCAGCGGUGCCGGGGCACCAUCGUGUUCGUUUGCAAAGUGUCAGUUGACAAGAUGAGAGUCACCAUUGUAAUACUGAAGAGGC